AUGGAUCUGGAUGACAACAUCCAACCUGUCAACCUUGACCUCCUGCCUCCUAGUCUGCAUACAGGAUUAUUGUCCAGUGGUGGCUCGACUUGGAAUCUUCAGUCUGGCACUCCUCAUUACUGUCUCCCCUUGCCCUCGCCCUCUAUGGCUCUUAUUCCUAGUGGAAGGUCUCUUGUGUUGACAGGAGGUACCUCAGGUUUUCAUUCUGGUCAACAUGUCUCUGGCUUCCAAUCUGCUGCCUCCCUUCCCCAUGCCAACAUCAACAUGCCCAUUGCCCUCCUCAUCAAUUUCCACAUGCUCAUGCACAAGGUUGCUGCUGGGGUCCAGCUCCCUACCACCAAGAUUGGUAGACCCCAACCUAUGACACAGCCUUGGAUGGACCACAAGGUCUGGAAGGAUGAGAGAGCUAGAGUUGCCAUGGUCUCUAGGAUGAUUGAUGGCUCUACUUUCAAUGGCAAUGACUUGCAUAUCACUUGGUACAAGGAACUACAACCUCAAAUCUUUGACAUUCUUACUACAUCUGAUUACAUUCUUGGUGCCCUCCUCAACAUGUGUAUGUUUGCUAGGAGUAGGUCUGACCCCCCUGACCUGCCUCCCUUCAACCCCUAUGACUACUUCCCAACACAUAUGAUCGAGCUCCUGACCCCUCCAGCCCCAGCCCCUACUCAACAUGCCCCCUCUUCCACCCCAGCAGGCAAGGGCAAGGGACGUGGUGGGGACAACUCCCUGGCGCACCUCUCCCUUGCCUCUAGGCUCUUGGCCAACCAUGCUAGAACCUUGUAUUCGAGGCCCGACAACAUUACGGAACUGCCUGUCCUCCCACGUCUACUCUCCAAGCUCCUUCGCACCUACCAAGAUGCCCUCCAGAUUGCCCCCCUCUACAUGUCUAGGAUUGAGACCAAGGCUGCAGCCAUCUACCAUUGGGACAUGCCUAGGACUUGGCUCAAGAGGAUGGACCAUGUCAUCUGGGACUCCUUCAGGGAAGAGCUCAUGUCUGACAAGGCUUGCCAAAACUACAGCCCGCACCUACAUGCACUGCUCGCAGAUGUUGUGAACUUGAUGAAGUCAGAGCACCUGAAUGACUACUACAAGGGCAGGGCCUAG